CACGCCGUCGGGCCCACCUCUCGGGGCUAGUAUAUCUUCUUCCGUGUUCUUGGCUGAGCGAGCAGGUGGUUGGUGUGCGCGACAGGCCUUGCCGGGAGUCAGCUGAGGAAAAUUUGAAAUACAGCCAUACCCCAUUUUAUUGCACUUCGCAAUUAUCGCGUCUUUUACAAAUUGAAGGUUUGUGGCAACCCUGCAUUGUCAGAUGAUGGUUAACAUUUUUUAGCAAUAUUUUUAAAUUAAGAUUUUCAUGCCAGGUAUAAUGAAGCAGAGGCCAAUGGAAAACUGAAGAAUGUCUGCUAUGUACAGAGGCCAUUGAAACACUUCCUGCAGCUGGAAGACAGCAGCCCCCUGACAGGAGCAUUAUUGCAUUUGGAAUUUCAAGUUUACAGAGGGUCUGCUUCGCAAAGUUGGGCAGACCUAUAGUUUCAAAAACAACUCUCCUUCAACAAGUUCUGUUUCCAAGGAAAGUCUUAACCAUUUGUCCCUUCUGGCGCACCCUCUUCCAUUGAAAUCCAUGCAGAAUAGACCAGAGAUGGGCAGCAGUGAACCUGUUCCCAUUGCAGAAAGUGACAAGAGGAAGAAGAAGAAGCGGAAGGCCCGGGCCACUGACUCCUUGCCAGGAAAGUUUGAAGAUACGUACAAACUGACCUCUGAGCUGCUUGGAGAGGGAGCCUAUGCCAAAGUUCAAGGUGCCGUGAGCCUGCAGAGUGGCAAGGAGUAUGCUGUCAAAAUCAUUGAAAAACAUGCAGGACACAGUCGGAGUAGGGUAUUUCGGGAGGUGGAGACGCUGUAUCAGUGUCAAGGAAACAAGAACAUUUUGGAGCUGAUUGAGUUCUUUGAAGACGACACAAGGUUUUACUUGGUCUUUGAGAAAUUGCAAGGAGGCUCCAUCCUGACCCACAUCCAGAAGCAGAAGCAAUUCAACGAGCGAGAAGCCAGCCGAGUGGUGCAGGAUGUCGCCGCAGCCCUUGACUUCCUGCACACCAAAGGCAUUGCUCACCGCGAUCUGAAGCCAGAAAAUAUAUUGUGUGAAUCUCCAGAAAAGGUGUCUCCGGUGAAAAUCUGUGACUUUGACUUGGGCAGUGGGGUGAAACUGAACAACUCCUGCACCCCCAUAACCACACCAGAGCUGACCACUCCAUGUGGCUCUGCAGAAUAUAUGGCCCCUGAGGUGGUAGAAGUCUUCACGGAUAAGGCCACUUUUUACGACAAGCGCUGUGACCUGUGGAGCCUGGGUGUGGUCCUCUACAUCAUGCUGAGUGGCUACCCGCCCUUUGUGGGUCACUGCGGAGCCGACUGUGGCUGGGACCGGGGAGAGGUCUGCACAGUGUGCCAGAACAAGCUGUUUGAGAGCAUCCAGGAAGGCAAGUAUGAGUUUCCUGACAAGGACUGGGCUCAUAUCUCCAACGAGGCCAAAGACCUCAUCUCCAAGCUCCUGGUUAGAGACGUGAAACAGAGACUGAGUGCCGCCCAAGUUCUGCAGCACCCGUGGGUGCAGGGGCAAGCUCCAGAAAGGGGACUCCCCACGCCGCAAGUCCUCCAGAGAAAUAGCAGCACAAUGGACCUGACGCUCUUUGCGGCUGAGGCCAUCGCCCUUAACCGCCAGCUGUCUCAGCACGAGGAGAAUGAACUGGCGAAGGAGUCGGAGGCGCUGGCCGAGGGCCUCUGCUCCGUGAAGCUUUCCCCUCCCUCCAAGUCACGCCUGGCCCGCCGGAGGGCGCUGACCCAGGCAGGCCGCAGUGGAGACACGCAACCGAGCCCGACACCCACAGAGCUCUGUCCCACUCCGGGCCCCAGGCCUGGCCCCUCUGGAAACCUGUGAGGGGCCUGCUCUGCGGCUCCAUCCAGGCCUUUUCAUCCACAAAGGCUCUCGUCCUCCUUUCCCCAGAGUCCUCAAGGAAAAAGCUUUUUCCUAAGGGGUUGUCUUUGAAAGGGAAAACUAUCACUUGUCACUUUGCAUAAUUGCCUGCAGCAGGGACAUCUCUUUACUGGGCUCCUGCCCACCUGCUCACCCGCCUGCGGAUUGAGGAUCCAGCCCAGCCCGCUCUCACCGGCUGGGGCUGUGGCCUUCAGGGAGCCAGCCUUGAGAAGCGUCGGUUGACAGAGGCUCUUCCCUCUCCCUGCACUGUCACCCCCCUCUGGCGGUCCUUCCACCUUCCUCUGUCCUCCGGACGUCCUCCCCCGUGGCUGAGGGAAGCCAUCCCCUCGAUUCAGGGAACGGCAGGGAGCCUUCUGCAUUCAGGAAGCCAGAUCCGUCUUCCAGUCGAUAGCUCAGAGAAGCACAUAAUCUUUCUUUGCCAUGACCAAAAUGUGUCCGUCAUUUAUCAUCCUCUGCCUUGUUUGGGAUUGCUGCUGAAGUCAGUAUUAUUUCGUGUUUUACAAUAUUUGGCAUUUUUUCUAACCGUGCUCUUCCGACAAAGAUGAGACUUUAAACUCCCACUGUGAGCCCGUGGACUUUCCAGAGCUCUUAGGGUUCAUUCUUCUCUCCUGAAUUUCCAUGCAUUUGGAAGGUUUUAAUGAGCUAUUUCCUAUUACUCUAACUGGUUUUAAGCUGUUCAGAUGAUGAGUGACUUAGAGACCAGUGUGUCUGCUGCUACCUUCCUCGAGCCUGGUGUGGAGGGCAGCGCAGGUCUGGGGCACUGAGGAGCUCUGUGCCUGAGGUGGAGCCAGUCCGGAGCCUGCCCAGCCACCCUGGUCUGAGCCGUGUGGUGCCUUCUGCUGGGGAGCUGAUAGCUGAGCAUCAGCGGAGCUGCUUAGUUACCUAAGAAAAUCGAUUUGCAUAUGUCAGAUGUUUUUGCAACACAAGGAUGCUAUUAUGCAUUGUGCUUAUUUUAAUAAAACUGUUUUAAAUUCUA